AUGAAUCUUCCUCCGCCGCCGCCACCACCGCCUCCUCCGCCACCUCGCUCUCCAUCAACACCACCACCGCCGCCUCCACCACCACCGGUUCCUCACAUUCCUCCUCCGUCUCUUCUCUCAUUGGCGCUACCACCACCACCGAAUCCGCCACCGAUCAUGCCGUAUUCGAACAUACUGCCACCGGAAGCGCUCAUACCACCACAACCGAGGCAUCCGCAUUCGCUACUCUCAACGACUCGUCUGCCACCAUCACUGAUGCGGUCGCCGCCAAUGCAGCAGCCGAGAAUUAUUCCUCCGCCAUUUUACCAAGAGAGGUUGAAGUCUCCGCAUUCGCAUAAGAUCAAAUACCCUCAAAUGGCGAACCCGUAUCAACAAUAUCAUUCGCCGGUGCCACAGCAACCGCCGAUGUCGCAGUUUUAUCAUUCUCAAAUACACCCUCCGCCGCCGCCCCAGCCAUGUGUUAAAAAAAGUCUGCUCACGGUUAAGUCGGAGCCGGAAAAGACUUUCUACUCACUACCAAAGCCACCAACACCGCCAGAUCUGUCGAACCAAUCGAAUUCACAGCAGAAGGUAAACCGUACGUCAAAUCACUCAUCUAAAGUUUUUUUUUCUGCAGACUUCGCAAUCAGUGCUGCAAAAUCCACCAAAGAUGAUGCCUCCGCCGUUUGGACCGACGAAUGAGACGUCGAAGUCGACUUCACAGCCAAAGCCGACGUCUUCAUUCUCGAAAAGUUCACACUUAACGAGGUUGCCACCGCCGCCGCAGGCACCAAAUCUGAAGCCGCCGUCAACUUCACACCCGAAGACUUUGUCCACAUCGUCUACACCUACCAAAAAUAUGAACGCGCAGCCUCCACAAUCGAAGUCACUGGAUGCACGUACGGCGAAGCAGCAUCCGCAACCACCGAAACGGAUGCCUAUGUCGAGCUCACACACCAAGGAGAAGUCGAAGCCGACGUCGCAGCCAUCGGAGACGGAUACACGGACUACGAAGUCGAUGGGAAUACCACCGCCGCCGCAACCACCGAAGCGAAUGCCUUUGUCGAGCUCACACACCAAGGAGAAGUUGAAGCCAACGUCGCAGCCAUCGGAGACUGAUACACGGACUGCGAAGUCACUGGGAAAACCGCCGUCUCCACAACCAUCGAAGCGGAUGCCUUUGUCGAGCUCACACACUAAGGAUAAAUACAAGUUGACGUCACAGCCAACGGAGACGGACACACGGACUGCAAAGUCGGAUGAGACGACUUCCCACCCGAAGAAGAUACCAGCGCCGACUUCGCAGCCAAUGAAGCCGGGAGCGACGAUUUCAAGGACGAUGGAACUGCCUUCGCUGUUUCGAACACCGAUUGUCGAACCGUCUUCCCAGCCGAAAAAAACAGAGAAGUCUACUUCUCGGCCGAAGGAGGCACCCGCGCCGCCACAAAUACCGAAGGCGGUUGACGGAUCAUCUUCGCAUUCGAUGAGGAAAGGCGAUUCGACAUCUCAAUCUAAGAAACCUACUGCAUUAUCUUCAAAGCAGAAUGAGUUGCUCCCGCCAACUUCACAGCCGAUGAAAACGAAUGAGUCACCUUCCCAUUCGAAGAAGACAUCUGAGACGUCCCAGCCGAAGAAAUUGGAUGAGCCGACUUUGCAGCCAAAGAAGUUGCCUGCACCGCCACCACCAUCGAAGACGACUGAUGCACCAUCUCCACAGUCAAGAAAAACAGAUGAACCAACUUCUCAGUCAACGGACACAAAGUUUUCUACGCCGCCACAAGCGCCGAAGGAGGAGGAUGAUUCAUUUUCACAGUCAAUGAAACCAGAUGAGCCGACUUCCCAGCUGAAGGAGGUUCCUCCGAUGCCACAACCAUCAAAGGAGGUUGAUGGACAAUAUUCCACGCUCAAGAAGACAGAUCAGGCGGCUUCGCAGUCAAAUAAGGUACCUGUGCCACCACAACUACUUACAGAGGCUAAUGAAUCAUUUUUCCAGCAGAAAGAGGUGGACACACCAUCUUCGCAGCCGAUGAAGUCAGACGAGCCGGCUUCGGACCCAAAGGAGGUUUCGUCGAUGACAGAACUGCCGAAGGAAGUAGAUGAACCAUCUUCACAGCUGAAGGAGACAGAAGAGUCGACUUUGUUGUCCACAAAGUUGUCUACGCCGCUCCAACCGCCGAAGGAGGAGAAUGAACCAUCUUCACAGUCAAUGGAGACGGAUAAGCCGGCUUUGCAGCCAAAGGAGGUACCUGCGCCACCGCAACUACUGACCGAGACGGAUGCACCAUCUUCCCAGCAGAAGGAGACAGGUGAACCAACUUCACAGCCAAAGGAGGUACCUGCGUCGCCACAACCAUCGAAGGAAGUGAAUCGACCAUGCUCACAGUCUAUGGAGUCAGAUGAGCCAAUUUCGGUGUCAAAAGAGGUACCUGAGCCACCAAAACUACCAAUAGAGGUUAAUGAACCAUUUUUCCAGCAGGAGGAGGAGGAUGCAACAUCUCCACAGUCAAUGGAGACGGACGAGUCAGCUUCGCAUCCGGUGGAAAUAUCUGCGCCAGCACAACGACCUAUGGAAGCAGAUGAACCAUCUUCACAAUCGAUCGAAAAAGAUGAGCCGACUUCGCAGCCGAAAGAAGUACCUGCGCCACCACAACUACCGAAGGAGGCGGAUGCACCAUCUUCUCAAUCGGCGGAGUUAGAUGAGCCGGCUUUGCUGCUGAAGGAGGUUCCUACGAUGCCACAACCAUCAAAGGAGGUUGAUGAACCAUAUUCCUUGAUCAAGGAGACAGAUCAACCGGCUUCGGAGUCAAAGGAGGUACCUAUGCCACCACAACUGCUGACAGAGGUUAAUGAAUCAUUUUUCCAGAAGAAAGAAGCGAAUGCACCAUCUUCUCAAUCGGUGGAGUCAGACGAGCCGGUUCAUCCGAUGUCACAACCGCCAAAGGAAGUGGAUGAACCGUCUUCACAGUCAAUGGAGACGGAUGAGCCGGUUUUGCAGCCAAUGGAGGAACCUGCGUCGUCACAAUCACAGAAAGAACUGGAUGAAUCAUCUUCACAGGAAAUGGUGCCAGAUGAAUCAAUUUCUCAGCUCAAGGAGGCUCCUACGAUGCCACAACCACCAAAGAAAGUAGAUGCCCCAUCUCUUAAGGAGACAGACGAGCCUGCUUUGCAGUUGGAGGAAGUACCUGCGCCACCAAAAGUACCGACGGAGGCCGACGCACCAUCUUCUCAAUCAGUGGAGUCAAUUGAGCCGACUUCGCUGCCGAAGGAGGUACCUGCGCCAGCACGACUUCCGACGGAGACGGAUGCACCAUCCUUACAGUCAAUGGCAAUAGACGAGCCGGUUUCGCAGCCAAAGGAGCUAUUUGCGCCAGCAGAACUACCGACGGAGGCAAAUAGACCAUCUUCUCAAUCGGCGGAGUUAGAUGAGCUGGCUUCGCAUCCGAAGGAGGUACCUGCGCCAGCAGAACUACCGAGGGAGGCGGAAGCACCAUCUUCACAGUCAAUCAAGAAAGAAGAGCCGGUGUCGCAGCUAAAGGAAGCAUUUGGGCCGGCAGAGGCGAAUGCACCAUCUUCUCAAUCGGUGAAGUCAGACGAGCCGGCUUCGCAGCCAAAAGAGGUACCUACGCCACCACAACUACUUACAGAGGUUAAUGAAUCAUUUUUCCAGCAGAAAGAGACGAAUGCACCAUCUUCUCAAUCGGUGGAGUCAGACGAACCGGCUUCGGAGCCAAAGGAGGUUCAUCCAAUGCCACAACCGCCAAAGGAAGUAGAUGAACCAUCUUCGCAGUUGAAGGAGUCAGAUGAGCAUACUUCUCAGCUGAAGGAAGUUCCUGUAUCAUUUAAACCACCAAAAGAGGUGCAUGAAUCAUUUUCCCAACUGGAGCAGAAGGAUGAGAGAACUUCUCAGCCACAGGAAGAACGUGCGCCGCCACAAUCAUUGAAGGAAGUCGAUGAACUAUCUUCACGGUCAACGGAGACGGACGAGACGGCUUUGCAGCCAAAGGAGAUACGUGCCCCACUACAGCUACCGGCAGAGGCGGAUGAACCAUUUUCCGAGUCGAUAGAGUCAGAUGAGCCGACUUCUCAGCUGAAGGAGGAACCUGCGUCACCACAACAAACGACAGAUUUGGAUGCACCACCUUUCCAGGUGAAGGAAGAGAAUGCAUCAUGUUCACAGUCAAUAGAGUCAGACGAGAAGAUUUUCCAUCUGAAACAGGAGCCUGCUUCACCACAACAAUCAACGGAAGCGGAUGAAUCAUUUUUCCAACUUGAGGAGGAGGAUGCAUCAUCUUCACAGGCAAUAGAGUCAGAUGAGACGAUUUCUCAGCUGAAAAAUGAACCUGCGUCACCAGAACGAUCGACGGAGGCAGAUGCACCGUCCUUCCAGCUGAAACAGGAGAAUGAAACAUCUCCACAGUCAAUGGGAAUCCCUCCGCCACCACAAGCUCCAAAGUUGAUUCCUUCGUCAGCCGUACAACCAAAGGAGUUGCCUAAGCUGACUCCAGAGCCUAAGGAGAUGGAUGCACCAACUUCACAUUCAGUGCAGUUGCCCCCGCCGCCGCAACCACCGAAGCUGAUGACUCAGCUAAUUCCACCAUCAGGAGAGAUGAAUGAACCAUCUUACCAGUCAAAGAAAUUGGUUGCGCCAUUUGCACAGUCAACGGGGUUGCCUCCGCCGCCACCGCCACCCAAGUUGAUGCCUCUGCCACCUAUAUCGAAGAGAUCAGAGCCUCCACCGCCACCACUGAAGGAAGUGUGCUCGCCGUCUGCGCAGUCUCAACAGUCAACAUUAGUGCCUCCACCGCCAAAACAGCCAAGGCUGAUGUCUUCAGCGACUUCACGAGCAAUGGGAUUGCCUCCGCCGCCACCGCCACCAAAGCUUAUGCCUGUGCCAACUGGUUCAAAAAGAUCAGUGCCACCGCCGCCACCACCGAAAGAAGAAUCUGCGCCGUCUCAACAGUCAACAGGAGUGCCUCCACCGCCAAAACAGCCGAGACUUAUGUCUUCAGCGACUUCACGGGCAAUGGGGUUGCCUCCCCCGCCACCUCCACCAAAACUGAUGCCUGCGCCGCCUCCAACAACCAGAUCAGUGCCUCCGCCGCCGCCAAGACCGAGGGAUAUGUGUACGCCGUCUCUACCGUCAACGGGAUUGCCUCCCCCACCACCACCACCAAAGUUGAUGCCUGUGCCGGCUCUAUCAACGAAGUCAGCGCCUCCGCCGUCAACACAACCGAUGGUGAUGGAUUCCCGGACUUCACAACCGCAACUGGUGCAACCCCAAUUGUCGUCAAGGCUCCCACCGCCGCCACCGCCACCAAAGCUGCCCCCACUUCAGUCUCAGGAUCAGCACAGACAACAUCAAUCUCACUCUCACUCGAAACCGGAAUUCAAGCAGCCGUUGGUUCAACCAAGAAUUUCUGCAAAUGUCGAGUCAAAGGAGCCACAAGCUUCUGUCAAGCAACCCGAGUUCAAAGAGCCGUUGCUACCUCAAAAGGGAGUAUUUAAGGAGCCACAAGCUCCGUUUGUUCUUAAGGAAGUGAAGAAAGAGGAAGGAGUGUUCCAGCAUCCGCAGCAUCCGUCUAGAGCGCAACACACUGGCACCCUUCAGAGACCGGCCGAUGAUCACGUGGUGCAAUCGUGGAAGCAAAAAGUUCUGACGGAAGAGGAAAGAGCGGCAAUGCGCCUAAUCCCAGAGGUUUGUAGAAUUUCCCGUAUCGCAAACACGUAUUUUGAUAAUUUCAGGAGAGUUGCAAGAAGAUUCACACCUACAUUGACAACUUUAUGCAAACGCGGCAGAAACUCGCAUUUCCGCGUCUCCGAUCUGAAUGGGAGCGUCAGCCACGAGAGAAAUGGGACCUUCCGCCGGUUCAGCCUCUUCACAAGGUAUUUUGCACUGAAAUAAACUCAAUUAACCUGAACAAUGUCAAUUACAGCACGAUGGAAUCACGAAAUUCUUCCUGGAAAGAUUGAACGCAAUUCUCAUCAAACCUGAUUACCGCCUGACAUACGAGAAAAUGAUAAGCAAGAAUAUUCCCGAGCUGAAGACUCAAAUUGUCUCUUGGACUCUGGCGGUGAUUGGUUUCCUGAGACAACUUGGAGCCGACGAUCGGUGGCUGCUCGAGGAUGUUUAUGAGAUUGACGAGCCCGACGACACGUUCUUCGAGAAGAUUCAUCUCCUUGCGUACGCUUGCGCGUGGGCUAGAACGAAGGGCGAACUUGGAUACUUCAAAGCUCACGUCGUCAAGGGCAGUCAAUUGAUGCGUCAUCUUGCACGGACGGCAAGGACUUUGAGUCAGAAGAUGAACCGCGUUCCAAACACUUGGUUCCGUCAUUGCGACAAGAAACUCUACGGCCGAACGGAGAAUGAAUGGUUCCCUUUCACUAUGAUCGAGACGGAACGUGUCAGGAGAGCUCUUAUGGUUGGAAGACCGCGAGAUUACUAUGAGGAGUUCUUCUACGACUUGCUGGCUCGCAUGCAAGAUACGAAGGACAGAGAACGUGGACGUCAGCCGCGGAAGAGAGGCGCUGCCGCCGAGCAACACGCACAAUUGCUCAAGAAGAUCAGAAAGGAGGUCGACGAUCUGGUGGCCCAGGCGGUGAGUUCAAUUAUGCCAAUUGCUCUCAAUAAAAAUGCUUUAUUUUGCAGAAAGCAGACGAGGCAAAGGCCUUGGACCCUUUUAAAGUGCCAAAAGAGGAGGAAAAAGAUGUGAAGCCGGUGGUCGACAAGGUACAGUUUCUAAAAAAGUGGAGUCUUGAGCAUAGCAAGUUUUACAGAGAUUCCUGGAGGAGAACCGAAGAUACGAGCAGAUGAAAAAAGAUCAAGAAGCGGCCAAGAAAAGAGAGGCACACCAAACAUCUGAGGCCCAGGUACGUUGCUACAAAAAAUGGUUAGCGGACGCGAGACAACCUUUUGUUAAAAAAAUCUGGUCUGGUUAUUGGCCCGACCCGUGAUUAGUCUGUUUUACUGUAAAUCGCCGGUGUCUUCGUAUCACCAAUUCUUCAAUUUUUAGUUACCAUCAACUUGCACACAUUACUUGUUUCCAGAGAUCGACGAACGAGGAGUUCCGCAAGAUGUUCCAGAACGCGAUCAGCGGAAAAGUGACAGAAUCGAAUGACCAUCUGCGUUCGAUAAUUUCUACAACUCCCAGAAGAUCGUACAACCGAGAGGGGAUGCCGUCGCCUUUCCUUCAGGUACAAAUAUCGAUUGUUUCAGGGGAACCAACAACCAAUUUUUGAAAAUUUCAGAGAACCUAUGAGCAGCACAGACGCAAUACCGAGCAACAACACUCGAGACCAUCGACUUCCACUGCUGUAAUUAGACGUCACGGAAUUAUCAGUUCUCAUUGAAUGUUUUUCAGAAGUCACCGCCAGACUCGAAAGUCGGAAUCCUGCAGAGCACUAGCAGCAGCUCGUCAUCGUCAUCGCACAGGCACAGGCACCAUCAGGGCAAAGACAAGCCCCGGUCCUAA